AAAAAAAAAAAAAAAGAAGCAAAAAAAAAGUGGAAACUUUUUCCCCCCUGUCCAUUCCAUCAAGUUCUGAAAAAUCAAAAUGGAUUUAGAGAAAAAUUAUCCAACUCCUCGGACCGGCAGGACAGGACAUGGAGGAGUGAAUCAGCUUGGGGGGGUUUUUGUGAAUGGACGGCCACUCCCGGAUGUAGUCCGCCAAAGGAUAGUGGAACUUGCUCAUCAAGGUGUCAGGCCCUGCGACAUCUCCAGGCAGCUUCGAGUCAGCCAUGGUUGUGUCAGCAAAAUCCUUGGCAGGUAUUAUGAGACAGGGAGCAUCAAGCCUGGGGUAAUUGGAGGAUCCAAACCAAAGGUCGCCACACCCAAAGUGGUGGAAAAAAUCGCUGAGUAUAAACGUCAAAAUCCCACCAUGUUUGCCUGGGAGAUCAGGGACCGGCUGCUGGCAGAACGAGUGUGUGACAAUGACACGGUGCCCAGCGUCAGUUCCAUCAACAGGAUCAUUCGGACAAAAGUACAACAGCCACCCAACCAGCCGGUCCCAGCUUCCAGUCACAGCAUAGUGUCCACGGGCUCGGUGACGCAAGUGUCGUCGGUGAGCACGGACUCGGCCGGCUCCUCGUACUCUAUCAGCGGCAUCCUGGGCAUCACGUCCCCUAGCGCCGACACCAACAAGCGCAAAAGAGAUGAAGGUAUUCAGGAGUCUCCAGUGCCGAACGGUCACUCACUGCCGGGCAGAGAUUUUCUCCGGAAGCAGGUGCGGGGAGACCUGUUCACGCAGCAGCAGCUGGAGGUACUGGACCGUGUGUUUGAGAGGCAGCACUACUCGGACAUCUUCACCACGACGGAGCCCAUCAAGCCCGAGCAGACCCCCGAAUAUUCAACCAUGGCCUCACUGGCUGGAGGGCUAGAUGACAUGAAGGCCAACCUGACCAGCCCCACCCCUGCUGAUAUUGGGAGCAGCGUGCCCGGGCCGCAGACCUACCCCAUUGUGACAGGCCGCGACUUGGCGAGCACGACCCUCCCCGGGUACCCUCCGCACGUCCCCCCCGCUGGACAGGGCAGCUACUCAGCACCGACGCUGACAGGGAUGGUGCCUGGAAGUGAGUUUUCUGGGAGCCCCUACAGCCACCCUCAGUAUCCCUCCUACAACGACUCCUGGAGGUUCCCCAACCCGGGGCUGCUUGGCUCCCCGUACUAUUACAGCGCUGCUGCCCGAGGAGCUGCCCCGCCGGCAGCCGCCACUGCCUACGACCGUCACUGACCCUUGGAGCCAGGCAGAUGCCAAGCACUUAUGACACAGAUCACUGAGGGCGAUAGCCUCCCAGCCCCCUCCAAAGACAACCAGAGGGGCCCAACGAGAUCAUCCCCCAGCCGCUCCCCGCACUCACCUGAAACUUCAUCCCUCCCUUUUCCUGCCAGGGCUUCUGGGGUUCUGUGGUAGGGCUGCUAGACUUCUGGACACCUAUCCAUUUCUGAGAGUCAAUCGAUGCGCUCCUCCCCACUGUGACGGAGUGUCCACAAACCAAGAGACUGUUCUGCAGACAACUGCAGCCCCAGCCCAGCCUGCCAGUCCCCCAGUUGUCUUUCCUGCCCCAGGCCCGGAAGGAGAGCUUGCUAUCGUCACUUCUACAACACCCGUGUAAAUACCUUUUUGCUUUUUUAUGGUCCUGAGGUCCACCUGAGCAGACCGCCCACCUGUUAUGUGUUCAGCACUUCCAAUGUGUCCCAGGAUGUCUUAGAACCUGUGUGCAGAGGGUCCCCUCUGCCCUGGGUGCCCCCAAAGAGUGAGCUUGAGGUUACUUGUGAGACUGAGGGUGCCUACCUCGGAGCUCCAGCCUCCUGCUCAUCGCUAUUUCUUUAAUGUCUUGACUAGGAGUCUCACUGGGCUGGUUAUGCUCCAAGCCUCCACCCUUGAGACUCCUCCUCAAGAGAAACAUGCUUUGGGAAGAUACCCUGGCUUCUUGCCUCCAUUUCCCUGGGCUGAAUACAGUGCGAACAGCUUUUUUCCAUAUAUCGAAGGACUCAAAGAACUGUCUGGGAGAUCCCUCAGCUACUGUUCUAAAGCAAGGUGCCGUCUGAGAUGCUGAUUGCAUGGUGGACUUUGAAUGUCAGGGCUGGAUGGGACCCAGGAGAUCACGGUUCA